CGAAGCCCUCCAGGAGUUCACGCGGCGGCCAUCGCGGACGACUUUGCAAAGUCGGGUACGAGGGGCCUGCCAGCUUGGCCAUGGGCGACUGGGCGAGCACUGCCAGCGCCUCUUUGCAUACAGUCGCUGGCGUUGGCGGCAGUCAGCUGCUGGUCUGCUGACACUGUCGUUGCCCACGGCAUGUUGGAUGCUUCCAGGGCGGCCAUCUGUGGGGGUGCUGGUUCGACGCUGCCCACCAGCCCGGGGCCCGAGACCGGCCUCCGGUUACCAGCCUGGAACACAUCCCUAUCCCUGUGCUGGGCACCUCCUCAUCACGAUGCCAGUCUUAGGGAUUCCCUUAUUUUUUGAGGGCGAAUCCCUAAGAUUGUCAUCGCCUCUUGGCGGGUCAAUCUUAGGGAUAGGGAUACGUUCGAGGCCGGUAAUCCAGAGGACGAAAGAAAGACAGGUCAAGAGAUGCCGUUCCUUCGGUCCGUGGUCAGUUUGGCUCAAGCCGUUUUGCCUCGAGACGCAAACUAUCUACUGUACUGCGCACACGCCUACACAGUUCUCGUAAAUCCCGACAAGGCGAGCCCAUGGCGUUGAAGGGCAUCGCCUGCCUCGUGCUGGUCGCCAGCGCUGCCCUGCCGCUGCAGGCCCUGACGCUUGACGCUGCACACGAGGCACUGCUCCGGCGUGCCGGGCAGGGCGCCGCGGCGGGUGAGGCCAGCAGGGGCAGCGGUAUGGUAGAUCUCCAACACCUCGUUGACCAGCACGCCGCGUCCGAGGUCGAGCUUCACGCCCGUGCGGCCGAGACGUUCCGCAAGUUUGCCAGUAAGAUGGCUGAGAACGGCGGAUGCAGCUACAAAGGGGGACUGCUGCCGUGUCGCAACGGCCACAUCUGCCACUACACGGGGCAGUCCGGCGUGAGGUCCAACGCGACUGUGGAGUACCGUGGGAACAUCGUCCGGACGGUCUUGUCCCCCGAUGGGCUCGAUCAGCCAGACACCGUAAUGUUCAUGGGGGCCAGCACCAGCGACGCUCCUGCCAUGCUGACGGAAGUGCCACAGGAAUACAGGAGAACAGCGGUCCCUGUGAUGUUAAAAAUGUUCUUCGUGGAGGAUACUGACGAUGUGACUGAAGAGUGCCCUCAUGACAGUGAGCGCGUUGAGACCAUGGGCGACAACACCGUGACUUACGCCGUUAACAACAGCACCUUCUCGGUUGACACACGAGAAACGACCACCAACAGUUUCAUGGGCAUGUCGUUUGAUUUCGUGAGCGAGGCACCUGUGGGUCACACCAUAGCCUUCGAGAUCCCUGCUGAGACGCAGAUCGUCUGGGUCACCCGCGAAGAGAUGGUGCAGGUGCUCCAGACGCAGGAUUUGCCGGCAUCCGCCGAGGCACGGUUGGAGGCGCAGUUGCGCAGGGUUUAUUUUGAAAAAGGUAUGGACGACGCGCUGACGCAGAAAGGAAGCAGGAAGCGCAGGCGGCGCGGGCAGACAUCGUGUUUGAACGUACAGUAUGGCGCGCUGAUCGGAGGCGCCCUCGCCAUGAUCUUGGCUUUCGUAAUUUGUGCGUUCACUGUCAUCGGCUGCCUUGUGGUCGCGCCGCUCUUGAUGUUGGUUGGGUCCCAGGUCGUUAAAAACGGUGCUUGCGACUGCUGGGCGAAAGACGAGGUUGGUAACUUCGCCUGUGCACUGCGGUGAUGGGGCGAUGGCUGCCACAGCGAUAACGGUCUCUAGAGGCAACCGGCCGGCCGGCUUGCGACCAGGAGCCUAGAUGCGGGACGGAAGUAUGUGAUAUUGGAAAGCAGUCGUAUAUAGUACAACUCAAAUUUUUAUCGCGCUCCAGUCGUAGGUAUUCUUCGAGACAGCCCACCGCCCAAAAUCUGUUGGGCCGCCUGUUGGCCGACGGUUUCAAACGGCCCCGACUUUCGUAGAACCUCCACCAGCGCGCCAACGUCGAUCGAACUUUUUCUUCCAAUCCAGCUCGGUCCCGACCCCUGCAUGUCUCCCUUCUCUCCAUCUCCUGACGCUGGCUUCAUAUGUUCCUCCAGCUGGCGUGACAGCGCGCGCAUGAUGUUUGAAGGCUUCUUUCUCUCUCCGUCCUCCGUCGUUUCCCGUUACGUUCCUGCUGCACGUGCUCCGCUAGGUAGAGUUGACGAACUGCGGCCAGCUAGACCACCUCCCCAGAGGAAAGCAAACUAUCGCAGUUGCAGUACAACAAAAGAUGCCGUUUCUUCGGUUGGGCUUUGCCCG